AUGGCGAUUAUGAUCACGAGGGAAGUGCUUGAGGUCGGUGGUGGAGGAGGAGGAGGAAGAAUCAGCUAUGAGGACUGGAGCGACUGCCUCCAGAGUUACCUCCUCUCUCGAGAUCUUUGGCAUGGCUUCAUCAUUGUUGACGACGACGAGCAGCCAAUUUCCUCGGAAGAAGAUGAUGACUGGCGGCGGAAGAACGCGGCGGCGCUGCACGCGAUCAAGUUCUCGUGCGGCAGCGGCGUUCUCCGGCAGAUUCGGGGGUGUUGGGCCGCAUAG